CACCACCGGUCGCGGUGUGCAACAAGUACUUAUGGGCUGGGCCCUUGACACCAUCCCAAGUCCAUCCCAUCUUCCAUCUCGACAAGUUUCCCGUCCCGACAUAGCGAUUCUCCUGUGUGACUGGUGCUGAUCAAGAUGUUUUCUCUCCACCGCCGAUCAUUCUGUCGCAUUUCUUCUCUCCCCAACGAAUUGUUGCAUGAGAUAGCAACAUACCUUGCAAUUCGCAAUGACGUGAAAGACUUCGUCAACGAUAACCGGGACGUGGCGAGCUUUUCGAUGGUGUCUCGCAGAAUUCGAAGCAUUGCUCUCCCACUGCUUUUUCACGAGAUUGCCCUCACCUCCAAAUCUCAACUUGAGGCUCUCUCACAGGUGCCAAAAGAUCUAUUAGCUGAAGUUCGAGUACUCAACAUCUUCAUGGACUCGGAGUUCAUCGAUGCCUGGAAAUUACCCUCCUUAUCAUACGCCUUGAUCCAUAUUCUAUCCCAAACGCCCGCUCUUCAUGCCCUUCGUGUUCUCGUGGCAGAACUGACUGGCCAGUCCUCCGCCUGGAGCCGCUUUUCUCUUGGUCGAACGAGAGGCCUUCCGAUUGGUCAUGCCAUCCAUCAGUCGGUUAUGAUGUUUCCACGGUUCAACCUUCCACACCUUGCUCGCUCCAAACCUCGAGAUCCUUCGCAUGAACAAAUCUUGUGGAUACGAGGUUGACGCGAACACUCGUCUCGUCUCGACCUUAACCAAUCUACCGAACAUUCGUGAACUUGCAUAUUCGCCCGAAUCCCUGAGGAUAAGCGAGGCGACCAGUGUCCAAGAAGAGCUGGAGGUGGAGGAUGCAGACGAUAAUACGAAGAAGGAUGAUGGGUGUGUUAGGCUCCUUCGUGCUAUUGCCUUGGCCGCACCUUCCUUGGAAACGCUCAACUUGCAGACUCGCUGGUAUGGGGAGGAUAUACGCUUUCUUGAAUCCUCAGAGCCGAUCUCCGCAGGUGCUUUGAAGGAAGCUCUUGCGGCUCUUACAAGACUCAAGAACGUUGCUCUUCCUUCCACUGUCUCGUCGGU